GCUAUUUUGCCGGUCGAUUUCUAACCCUGCUAGCCAACAAGCAAGCUCUGCGGCAGCUGAGACUAUUCAACGGGCCAGUUCCCCCGAAACCUCCAGCAACCGACCGUACCGGUAUAUUGAUGUGAAAGCCGAACAGCGCCGGGUGUAUGGCUUCCUUGACACAAGGUUGUUGCUUCGAUUUGAGAUGCAAGAAACUUACAUAAGAGAAAUCGAAUGAUGAUGUGUUUGAUUUAUGCCAUUUGGAUCUGAAUUCCACCAACGAAAUGUAACAUGACUCUCAAGAUAUUUUGAAAAAAGGUGAAAACAAAGACUACAUUUUGCGUUUCGUUUCGGAACUUGUUCGUGACGUAGACGUUGUGUUCCCAGCGGCACCAGUCCAGCUUAUCAUUUCAUAAAAUGGCAUUAAGAACAGUUUCCAGAUUAAUUUCACAAACGCAGAAGACUUCACUCCGAUUAUGGAUGACAGAGGCUAAGCUUCUUCAAACAAGGCAUAUAUGCUGUUGUUCUUGUGCUGCGAGACCCAUGUUGGAUAUUCAAUUAUUUCACCUACCUAAUCAUGCACCAUCUAUGGAAGUGCCAACUAGGACAUUCAUCUCUAUUCAGUCUCCACUUAACUUUGGAAAAAAGAAGGAGUAUUCAGAGAGGAAAAUUAUAGGAUAUUCCAUGACGGACAUGUACGAGGUCGUAGCAAACGUGGAAGACUACAAGGAGUUUGUGCCGUGGUGUACCAAGUCAACGAUCGUAGCCAGGAAGGCGGGCCACUUCAAGGCUCAGUUAGAGAUAGGAUUCCCACCGCUGAUAGAGAGAUACAUGUCCACCGUCACCGUAGCCAAACCUCAUCUAGUUAGGGCUGUAUGCACCGAUGGAAGAUUAUUCAAUCAUCUAAUUACAACCUGGAGAUUUGGUCCAGGACCAAAAGGAAAGCCAGAUACCUGUACAGUAGACUUCUCGGUCUCAUUCGAGUUCCGAUCGGCUCUCCACUCGCAUCUAUCGCACAUAUUCUUUGACGAAGUCGUGAAGAAGAUGGUGAAGGCAUUUGAGAUGAGAGCGGAGAAGAUGUAUGGCCCCCAGACGAAUGUAUCGCGGUCCAGCUUCCUUCAUAAUACCCCCUCUUGACGAAAGCCUUAACUUGGGUGUCUGUGUUAGUCAUUCUGUAUUUACCUGUAGUUAGACCAUUUAAAUAUAAGGAGCUUUUGCCCUUCUCUCUUUCUCUCACUAUCUCUCUUUCAGACUCUGGCCCAUAUUUUGAAGUCUGGUUUAAAUUAAACUCUGGUUUUAAGAUGUGCUUUAACUAUGGAAAGCCAGUUGUGACAUAAAUCUCUAAUAUCAGAGGUUCAGUGUAUCAGCUCAUUUGACUUUCAAAACAUUAACUGCCUGGGAAGGAUAAGUAUGACAGUUUUCUUCACCAUUAAAGAAUUAGUGAAGAGCACAGUAAACAUGAGAAGCAAUCACUGUAAAUGAAAUUUUCAAAUGCUUGGCUUCCCAUAAUUUUAGCACAGAGUUAGACCAUGGUCUAAGUUAAACCCUUCUUCAGAAUACGGGCCUCUUUGUCUUUCUCUAAAUUUCUCUUCUCUCUAAUAAAAUAGUUUGGAAUAUUACACAUAUUGCCACACAAGUUUUUAUAAAUGUUGCCUGUCACCCUGUGUUUUAUUUUUGAAAGAAGUUCAUAUAAUGGACAUUUAAAUGUACUUGACAUUUGGUUAAUUGAUGCAUAAUUAUUCUGGAAGUAUGAGAAAGAAAAACACAAUUAAAUGAACAUCAAAGUUAUUCAUAAGUUUUGUUUAUGUACCGUAGUUUGUGCUAGGUUAUUGCCAAUGAAAGACUUAUCUGAGGUGAAAUGGCAGACUUUUAAAUCAAUAUUUUUAUAUUCCAUGAUCAUUUUUGCUUCCUGUAUGAGUAAAUGACAACAUCAGGUCUUGUCGUUAUUAUUUACAUUUAUUAACAAGUAUCUCAUUGUUUUUAUUUAUGUGAUUAUAUUCUUCAAUGAGUACAUGUAGGUAUUAUCAGGAAGUAUGUAGUACGUGAUAAAGUUCAUGUUUUAAUGAACAGUGAUUUAAUAUCACUUUGUACUAAUGCUGUCAUGUUGUGUGUGAUCAAAAUCUUUAGGAAUUAAUCAUUCACAGAAGUAGGCAUUCAUUGCUUCAAAUACUGUAAGAGCAAGAAAGAAGGUAGAAUUUCCUUGAAUCAUACAUGUAUUUGUUUUAUGAGCAUAUUUUUGAAUUGCACAAAAUACAUACUUGGCUAAAAAAAUAUUGGGACCACUUUUAUAUGUAAUUUUAUCCAACCAUCUUUGUGCACAAAUUACAAAUAUAUAUACAGCUCUCUCCGGAUUAUACAUUUGGUGGUGCAAUCGUCAUGACAUUCUUUAAUUGAGUGCCAGUUAUCAACUCACUCACUGAAUUUAAAUUAUUAUUAUCUGUCGUAAAGUCAAAUAUGUCCCCAAAAUGAGUUCUGCCAUGAAAAAAAGAUAAUGAAGGAUAAUAUGAGAAAGAAAAACAAAUUGCAUUUAUUAUUGAUAACUUUGAGGAAUAAUUUGGACAUUAAUUAUAAGUUUAAGAAAAAUUUAUUGAAUACAAUUUUUUUAGCUAUAGUAUUGAUCAUCAUCUAUGCCCAACUUUGUCCUCUAAUAUUUUAAACAAUUACUGUCAGAAAAUUUGUUGUGAACAGGAAUUGAAGUACAUAUUAAUGAAACAGAUACAGCCAUAGGUCCUACUUAUUAAGCAAAAACAAAGAUGACAAAUGAUUUGUGAAUGAGGUGAGAAGAAGUGAGGAGUAAAAUUCCUGUUCAUUCUGGACAUUAAAAGACCCAGGCUUGCUAGUAUGAAUGCAACCUGUUGUCAUAUGUAUUUUGUACUGCAUUAGUAUCAAUACUGCUUUUAGCAAUCUACAAUGUAGAUGGUGUUUUUUUUAAGAAAGAAAACAGUGGGACUGUCCCAGUAGUCGGCCAAAAAUUUUGAGGGGCCAGGCAUAAUGUAUUCCACAAAUUUUUUCAAAGUUUGCUCAUUAGCGAGCAAAAAAUGUGACCCAUUUAUAAAAAUAAAAAAAUAUUAGGACAUACAUGUAAUAUUCAUAGAAAGUUAUUUUUCACCAUGUUUCCUUUCUUUUUUUCCCCCUCUCCUUUCUUUUUUUUUUGGAGUCAACUGUGGGGGGGGGCAUAAUCCCAAGGCCCCCCUCCCACUUCCCCACAAUCUGUUCACCAGUGGAUUUUCCAUGCAAUAAUUCUGACACCAGUAUUAAUUCAACUAUAGGAUGAUUUUCUUUUUCUUCUGAUUGUGGAAAAUGUGUUGCAAUUAUUGUGAGGGAGGUUUUAUCAGUUUUAUUGUAAACUUACUAUGCAUUCAAAAUAUUUAUAUGAUUUCUUGUACGAAUUUGCUCAAAGUAUUUUAUCUUCAUACUUGAUAUGAUAUUGGCAGGAAGUCAUUUUCUUAUGUUAAUCAUAAAGGAAUAAUUUGUUGGGGCAUUUACAAGUAUAUGAUGAUUAUGGUUAGUACUCAACAAACAUAUUGAUAAGUGCAAAGUUUAUCAUCCGCACAAUUCAAGUAAACAAAAAUCAAAUUCAUGACAUUUUGUGGUAUUUUAAGGUUAACUUCACAUUUCAAUAUUCCAGUUCUUGAAAGAUAUAAAGUCAAAUGUGAAUAAACAUCAUGCCUUCGAUAUCAUCAGCAAAUCUUCAAACAGACACAAAUAUCUACAAAUUUAAGAAUAAACCAAGAUAAAACUAAUAGACAAAAAUCAAUUGUAAGUUUAUCUCUUCUUUGCAAGGAGUUGUGCUUAUCAGACUUUUCAUUUCAAAUUAUUGGAGAUGAUAAGUUUGGUUUUUCAUGAGUGGUGGUCGGAAAUAUCCUGUGCUGGAUGGGCCUGACCAAUGCCAACUACCAUGGCUAUAACACUGAUUCUAACAAAUGACACAUCAUUUUGUAACAAUUAAUUUUAAGAUGUAUAAAUAUGGCACAUUAAAUCAAUAUUACAGUAUGAAAUGUAGCAUGUUAAAUGAGAAGAUUAUGAACUUUGAGUCAGUGUUUUGGUGGUCUGUAAACUUAAUGUUUCAGAAAGAAACCGAUUGUUGUGUCACAAGACGAGUCACAUGAUAUUGCCAAUUUGGAGAUCGUCGUAUCUACUGGUCGAUCGACACUCGUCAUGGAUUGUUUUCAAGGGAUAUUUGCUUCAUUUCAAAUUCCUGGUUAAUAUAUUGAUGCUGCUGUUACUGUAUUUUUCUGCAUGAUACAGACUGGGUUGAUUUUUCACCCUACAGUUUUUAGCUGCUUAUAUCAUUGGUACAUCUGUAUAUAAGAGACCUUAUAGAAAUUAUAUUCUUUGAUAUUACAUAGAUAAUAAAUCAUGUGUGGUAUUUAUGAAUAUGAAA